AUGAUCAAGAAGAUAGAAAUCCCAGAGCCUCAAGCGAUUCCGCUUUAUGACGUGAAGCCGCCGGAGAGGCUUCCAAACCCUCCUGGAUAUCAUCGCUGGCAGGACGAUGAUUUUGCUGAUCGAGAGCAUGCCUUCUAUCACUUUUCAAUGGAUGAUGAAAAAGAGCUCAAACCAUAUGGCAAGGAGCUAUCCAAAUGGAAGUUGGUCUCCGUGACUGUCGCGUUAUGCUCUGCUAUGUUCUGCGUAUCCCUUGAUGGGACUAUUCUUGCCACUGCAAUUCCCAAGAUCACUAAUGCUUUUGGGUCUCUGGAUGAUGUGGGCUGGUACGGUAGUGCGUACCUGUUCACCAACUGCGCGGUGCAGCUGCUAUUUGGCAAGCUGUAUACGUUCUAUUCCGUCAAAUGGGUCUUCCUCACGGGGCUCCUUAUUUUCGAAGUUGGGUCAUUAAUCUGCGGGACUGCCGCAACAUCGUCUACGUUGAUUAUCGGACGAAGUAUCGCAGGGUUGGGGUCUGCAGGUCUCUUUGCCGGCGCCCUGAUCAUUGUCUCCAGCACUGUUCCUCUGCGCGUCCGUCCGAUCUAUGUCGGCCUGGUCUCUAGUAUGCAUGGGGUGGCUAGCAUCGCGGGGCCAAUUCUGGGUGGAGCAUUUACUCAAUAUCUAACCUGGCGCUGGUGUUUUUUCAUUAACCUACCACUUGGCGGCUUGACGUGUCUUUUGAUUCUGUUCUUGGUCCCAGGAAAUGAGUCGACCCUGAAGAAGGCGCCUUGGAGAGAGCAAUUUAAAGAGUUUGAUCUUCCUGGCACUCUCACACUAAUUCCCGCCGUCAUCUGCAUGAUUCUGGCGCUUCAAUGGGGUGGUUCCAAGUAUGCCUGGAGUGAUGUCCACGUUGUUUCAUUAUUUGUGGUAUUUGGCCUCUUGUUUGCAGUGUUCAUUGCCAUCCAAAUAUUCCAAAAAGAUCGCGCAACUAUCCCGCUUCGCAUGAUGAAGAACCGAAACAUUUGUGGUGCAGCCUGGUAUGCGUUGUGCAUCUCUCCACCCAUGUUUUUGAUUGCGUACUAUCUACCUAUUUGGUUUCAGGCUAUAAAAGGAGUCACUGCGACACAGUCUGGAAUUGACACUCUCCCAAGCUUACUGGGAUUAGUUGUCUUUGCGAUCAUUGCCGGUGGUCUCUCGUCGACGACAGGAUACUAUACCCCGCUGGUCCUGCUAUCCUCUGUGAUGACUGCAAUUUCUGUUGGACUUUUGACCACCUUACAAGUUGACAGCGGAACUCCCCACUGGUUUGGCUACCAAGUUCUGCUGGCUGCCGGUUUGGGAUUUGGCAUCCAGAAUGUCAUGCUGGUUGCCCAGGUGGCCGUUCCCGAAUCGGACAUGGCGAUGGUUACCUCUAUUUUGUCUUUUGUACAGACUUUGGCUGGCUCCCUCUUCCUAUCAAUUGGAGAAAGCGUUUUUGCCAACCGGUUGAUUUCCAAUUUGAAGGCUCGAUUGCCCGAUGUCAAUGGCGCCGAGGUUGUGGCCAGUGGAGCCACGGGUAUACGCAACCAUUUCACGCCCAAGCAACUCCCUAUAGUCUUGCAAGCGUACAACAAAGCCAUUGUGCAGACAUUCUAUGUGGGUGUUGUCAUGGCCAGCCUUUCGAUAUUUGGGCCCAUCUUCAUGGAAUGGCUGUCCAUCAAGAAGACCGCUGAUGAACGAGAGAAGAGAGAUAACAUGGCAAAGAAACGCAUGUCGGUCACACUUGGAGCUGUUGGGUUGAAUUAG